UCACGGGCCCCGGCGCCCGAGGUAGGCGCUCGCCGGUGUCCGGUCUAUGGAGUCAGUUGGCGCGGGAGUCGGCGCGGAGGCAGGAGGUGGUGUCCGAGUUGGGGCCUCUGCGCCUCCAGGAUGUUACCGGGCUUGGCCGCCGCCGCAGCCCACAGAUGUAGCCGGCUGCCUCUGUGCUGCAGGGCUGCGGCCCGUGGCUCGGGCGACCGCCAGGGAUUGCGGAAUUUAGUGACAUUUGGAAGCCUUUCAUACAUGGUUCCUUAUAGUCACCCACAGAUUUGUACAGUCAGUCAAGUAAAGUUGUAUUCUACAAAUGUCCAGAAAGGACAGGGAUUACAAACUCUCAAAGUUGAAAAAAGACCAUCAUUUGAUGAAACAGCAUACACAAGUGGUACAAUGGCCCAUAAGUGUGAUCUAGAUCAACUUCGGAAAAUCAGACGACGAAGUCCCCAUGAAGAUACUGAGUCCUUUACUGUAUAUUUGAGAUCAGAUGUGGAAGCAAAAUCUUUGGAAGUUUGGGGAAGCCCUGAAGCUCUUGCCAGAGAGAAAAAACUCCGUAAGGAGGCAGAAAUUGAAUAUAGAGAACGGCUGUUUAGAAACCAAAAAAUAUUAAAAGAAUAUAGAGAUUUCUUGGGAAACACUAAGCCACGUUCCAGAACAACAUCAGUGUUUCUUAAGGGACCAGGAAAAGUAGUGAUGGUUGCCAUUUGUAUCAAUGGUUUAAACUGUUUCUUUAAAUUUCUUGCUUGGAUUUAUACGGGUUCAGCAAGUAUGUUCUCAGAAGCUAUACACUCAUUAUCUGAUACUUGUAACCAGGGUUUACUAGCAUUGGGCAUCAGUAAGUCUGUUCAAACACCAGAUCCUACUCAUCCGUAUGGAUUUUCAAAUAUGCGUUACAUUUCUUCACUAAUUAGUGGUGUUGGUAUUUUCAUGAUGGGUGCAGGACUGUCUUGGUACCAUGGAGUCAUGGGACUUCUUCAUCCUCAACCUAUGGAAUCACUUCUAUGGGCUUAUUGUAUAUUAGCAGGGUCAUUGGUAUCUGAAGGAGCAACACUUCUUGUUGCAGUAAAUGAACUUCGUAGGAGUGCUCAGGCCAAAGGACUGUCAUUUUAUAAGUAUGUAAUGGAGAGUCGAGAUCCUAGUACAAAUGUUGUGUUACUGGAGGACACUGCAGCGGUCUUGGGAGUGAUAAUAGCAGCUUCUUGCAUGGGCCUUACUUCUGUAACAGGCAAUCCACUGUAUGACAGCCUAGGUUCUUUGGGUGUGGGUACCUUACUAGGCGUGGUCUCAGCGUUCCUCAUCUACACUAACACAGAAGCACUUUUGGGACGAUCCAUCCAACCAGAACAAGUACAGCGGCUUACUGAAUUCCUGGAGAAUGACCCAUCAGUGAGGGCAAUCCAUGAUGUUAAAGCCACAGAUAUGGGAUUAGGCAAAGUAAGAUUUAAGGCAGAAGUUGAUUUUGAUGGACGAGUUGUUACAAGAUCCUAUUUGGAGAAACAAGAUUUUGACCAAUUGCUACAAGAAAUUCAAGAAGUGAAAACUCCUGAAGAACUAGAGACUUUUAUGCUUAAACAUGGAGAAAAUAUUAUUGAUACUUUAGGAGCUGAAGUGGAUAGACUUGAGAAGGAAUUGAAGAAACGAAAUCCUGAAAUUCGUCAUGUAGAUUUGGAGAUACUAUGAAUUACCUCGGUGGGCUCUAGAGACAAAUUUAUUGAGCCACUUCUACUUUUCACACUGAAGGAGAGUCAGCACCGUUUGGAAGUCUUUUUUUCUUUUUUCUUUUGUUUUCAAGAUGGAGGAAGUAUUUUACAUAAAGAGCAGUUGAAUAGGCCACAGAGCUAAAACUCUUCUAAUCAUGUUUCUGUGCUUCAAUAGAGAACAUUUUGGUUACUUAAAUUGCUCACAAUGUCUUAUUUUAACAAGUGUGUAUUCUAACUUGCAAUCAUGCUUCUUUUCUUCAUAUUGGUAGAAGUACUUGUCAUCCACAGGAUAACAACAUUGAAAUUUUGUUUCUACUAAAUAUUUCAUUCUGUCAGGCUUUGCCACUAAUCUUGAAUAUUCUGGCUAAAUUUGGUAUGUGGUUUUUAAAUCGUCAAUGUGUUUUUUAGGUCUGUCCUUCUAUAUCCAGUGUGGAAAUUACUUCUACCUACUUCGUGACUUUGACCUGAUCACUGAGAGUUGUACUCUCCUAUCCAAAUAUUCAUUCCAGAAAUGACUUAGUUACUGAAUUGAAUGAAGACGUUUCAUUAUUCUCUUUUGGUGUGGAUCAUAAUAGGUACCAUUGUGUAAAUUUUUGCCUCUUUUUUUUCCUUAUAUGGUUUAUUUUUCUAAUGGUAAGAGACAUAAAGUAACCCUGUACAUUUCUGUGGGUCAGUGCAAUGACUGACUUCUUCCCUCUCUCCCUCCCUCCCUCCCUUCCUCCCGGCUUCAUUACUAUAAUGUUUAUUUACUAGGAGAUAAGCAUUUAUAAACCUUUUAACCUUCUGUAAGAUGGACUAGAAAUAUUUAUAAUUUUGCAGGCAGCAGCAUUUUAAUUUAUUUGAGAGGAGGCACUACUUAUGUAAAUCUGAACCAUGGGAUAUUUCUUUUUGUGAGAGGAAAGUAAAUCUCUUACACUGAAACUUGUGUUGUGAUUUUGUAUAAUGUCAUAGUCAAUUGUGUGUUUAUGAGUUUCUUGUAGUUAUAAAUGGGCAUUUAGCAUAACACGUUUGCUAUUACAUAUUAUGUAAAUAGCUUUGUAAUGACUAUAAGGCAUCAAAGUGAAAAAAAUUCAAUUAAAUAAUUUAAAAAUUUAGUGGAAAACUGCAGCUGUCUCUGUUAAAACUCAUAUGCACUUUACAGUGUCCUACAGCAGUGAGCAUUGCUUCUGCAGAGUGGUGGUGGCCAUUGUCUCUGCUGGAUGCACCUGAUGCUCACCAAGGAGCUCAGUGUCUUCCACUGAUGAUACGGAAGUUUGUGAAUUAAUGGCCAGUUGUAAUGCUAGAAACAAAAAAAAUAAAUAGUUGUUUGAAGGGUU